AUGGUCGAUCAAGUCAUCGGUGACUACCAGCUCCUCGAAGAACUCGGCCACGGUUCGUACGGCUCGCUCUUUCUCGGCCAAUCACUCAAGGACGGCGGCUAUGUAGCUGUCAAGAUCCUCAGCAAGUCCGGUUUGGACCACGAGCAACUCAAACUCCAACAACUCGAAGCCGACAUCCAGUCCGAACUCAAGCACGCCAACAUUCUGGCGCUCCAUUCCGUCAUUCAAACCCAAGACCACAUCUUUAUGGUGAUGGAACUAUGCGAUCAAGGCGAUCUUUUUGACUUUGUCGUCCGCGACGACCCCUUACGCGACGAACAGCUCGUCAAGACCAUGUUCAUCCAGAUCCUGGAUGCAGUGGAACAUAUGCACGCUAACGGUGUCUAUCAUCGCGACAUCAAGCUCGAAAACAUUCUUUUGAAAUCCGAACAAGACGACGAAAGCGACUUGGUGUGCAAGGUCGCCGACUUUGGCCUGGCGACGCGCGAGCGUCUCUCGAUGGAGUUUGGCUGUGGCUCGAGCACCUACUUGGCUCCUGAACACUUUGAUGACUCUGCCGAUCACGAAGUCGUCUCUAACAUGAACAAGAACGAUAUGGUUCCUUACGACGCUGCCAUGUCCGAUGUCUGGAGCUUGGGUGUUUUGUUGUUGGCCCUGUUGUUCGGCCGCAACCCUUGGCAAGAGGCCACUUCCUUGGACCCUGCCUUUGCCGAGUUCAAGCGCAACCCUGUCAUGCUCAAGAACCAGCUCUUUGAGCAAAUGUCGGUGCCUUGCUUCAAUUUUUUAAAGUCGUGUCUCAGCUUGGAUGCUGCUGAUCGCCCUUCUGUCGCUGACAUGAAGGCCCAGUUCUUGGCCAUUCCGUCUCUGGUCGAAGACUCGCCCCAGCCUCUCGAGCAAAACCCCAUGGAUAUCCCAGUCUCGACCAAGCCAACCGAGCGCGCAAGCUUCGACUCUGCCAUCUUCAGCGCCACUGCCCCCGCUGGUGCUUCCUGGUCGGAUAUGGUUGAAGAAGACGAGAUGCUCGAAACUUGCUAUGAUUACAAUAACACUGGUCUCCCAUCGCCUCCCUGCUCUUUGGAGGCCGUCGAUGAGGACGAUGACACCGAUAUGUUCGUGCACAGCGAUGAGAAAGAAUCGUGGUGGCUCUAA